CAAGCUGUCCCUGGAGCCGCUGGCCUGCUACCAGCUGGGGCUCGACGCGGGAAACUGUUUCAGGAGUGCUUGUCUCAAAUGACCUGGUCUUUGGAGCCUGCCUAUGUGGCAUCCCAAAUUUCAUGGCACUAAGAUGAACAUAUCACUGAACCUUUGGGAGGGAGGAAAGAGCAUCUUGUUUACUGUCACAUCUUCUGCCCUGAUCUGAUCUCAGGAAGAGCCCAAAGCGGUGAUUGUGGGGCAAAUCCUUGUCUUCAGCAAGGAGCAUAUCUAAGACGCACGACAUUUUUGAAGGAAUGAGAACCUUGCUCUUGACUUCCACUACUGUAGCAGAAGUGAAGCUUCGAGAUGAUCAAUAUACCCUUGACCACAUGCGUGCUUUUGGCAUGUAUAAUUAUCUUCACCUUGAUUCCUGGUACCAGGAUAAUGUCUACUAUGUUGAUCAGUUUGGAAGGGUUAUGAAUCUGUCAGUGACUCUGGAUACUGCUCUACAAAAGCCAAGAGAAGUUUUCAGGCUACCUACAGACUUGACAGCUUAUGAUAAUCGCCUUUGUGCCUCAAUACACUUCUCAUCUUCCACAUGGGUUACCCUUUCUGAUGGUACAGGAAGACUGUAUUUAAUUAAAUCAGGCAAGCGUGGAAACAGUGCAUCUGAAAAAUGGGAUAUUGUGUUUAAUGAAGAGCUAGGAAGUCCAUUUAUUAUAGCACACAGUGUUUCAUUUGUAAAAUCUGAUAAGCAUUCAGUAGCUGUGCUGCUGCUUAGGGUAGAAAAAGAUGAAUUGGACACAAAAGGAAGUGGAUUUCAUAUUACCUUGGAAUGGGUUACAAUUGCAGAGAUAAGCAAAGAGGGAGAUCAUAGAUAUGACAUCUUUAAAAGGAGAGUUUUACAAGGAAAAUCAGUCCCCCAUUAUGCAGCAAUAGAGCCAAGUGGGGAUGGCCUAAUGAUUGUUUCCUACAAACCAUUCAAAUUUAUGCAAGAUGAAGAUGACAAAUUAGAAGAAAAUGAUGAUGCAAAAGCAACAAAUGAAAAGAAAGACCCACUCUAUUACUGGCAGCAGACUGAAGAUGAUGUGACAGUAACAGUUCACAUUCCUCAAGACAUCACUAAGGAUGACAUUAAAGUACGCUUUUCUCCUGGUAACAUAUGUGUUACACUGAAAGACCAACCUCCUUUGAUGGAAGGAAAACUCUAUUCAUCUGUGGACCAUGAAAGCUGCACAUGGAUAAUUAGAGAGAACAAAAGUUUGGAAAUUUCUCUAAUUAAGAAAAAUGAGGGACCCCGGUGGCCAGAGCUAAUAGUUGGUGACACAAGAGGGGAAUUCAUUAUGGACUCUUCCCAGUGCUCUGAAAUAACUGAAAGCCUGAUGCAUCUUACCUCUGAAGUAAUGAAUCCAAACCCUGAAAAGGAAAACCCACCUUGUAAUGCUCAAGAAUUAGAAGAAUGUGAUGCUUUUCUUGAAGAUAGCGCAAGCUUGUGCAGAUUUGAUGGUGAUACGUUGAAAGUCACUCAUGUAAUUAAUCUUGGAAGCAACCAGUAUCUUUUCUCAGUUGUUGUGGAUCCCAGAGAAAUGCCAUGCUUCUGCCUGAGGCAUGAUGUUGAUGCUCUUCUCUGGCAGCCCCACUCUGACCAACCAGAGAACAUGUGGGAACACAUUGCAACUUUUAAUGCUUUAGGUUAUGUCCAAGCAUCAAAACAAGACAAGAAGUUCAUGGCUUGUGCUCCAGAUUACUCCUAUGCUGCUCUUUGUGAGUGCUUGCGACGAGUUUUCAUCUAUCGUCAGCCGACUCCUCUGUCCACGGUUCUCUACAACAGGAAGGAAGGAAGACAAGUAGGACAGGUUGCUAAGCAGCUAGUAGCAACCUUGGAAGCCAAUGAUCCUAUCUUAGGCUUUCAAGCUACAAGUGAGAGAUUAUUUGUUCUCACAACAAAAACCUUGUUUUUAAUAAAGGUUAACUCUGGAAAUUAAUUAUUCAAUAUAUUCUGCUGUAGUUUGUGUUAACAAUUUGUUAAAGAACUGGUUAGGUAAAUGAUCUGAGAAGUUCAGUACAAUUUCCUGAAGUUUAAAAAGGAGAUAUCUUACAGGGGAAUCAAAAUUUUUCAUUAGAAUUUGUCUGUAAGAGAAAGUUUUUCAACUUUGCUGUCAAUGAAGCAAGCUUUUUCAGAGCUAUGGGAAAAUGUCUUCUGCACUAACAGCUUUCUCAAAGCAAUUGUCAGAGGCUGCCUUUGCAUAGGUGAAUAGAUUUAUGCAUUGUUUUUUCCAAAUGACUGUGUUUGCCAUCCUUCUGAGUUUCGAGAGUUCAUUUGUGUUUUUAAAUGCCACUGUUUACAUAUGAAAGAAGUAGUCAGAUAAAGAAAAUAAAGCUUUGAGUUACAAGCAUAUGAUGUGCAAAGUACUGUGUAUCCCAAAGAAAAGAAAAAUCCCAAAUUCAAAUACUGUUGGCAAAAAAAGUGACUUAAUAUUUCAAUAUUCAGUAGUAUUGAGUGAAAUGUGAAUGGAAUGAAUGGAGUAUUAUGUUCCUUAUCCAGGUAAUUAAUUCAAGUGGAAUAAUUUCAUUGUAUAUGCAGAUUUUAGAUUAUUGAUUUGGGACUUACUCAUGCUUGCAGUGAAAUCUGUUCACAUUUUAAGAGACACUAGAACAGCUUUUAGCAGCUUUUUCCUGAAGCAAAGUAAGGGUCAAUGUAUAGCUGGUGAUUACAUAUUGAAUGGUAUUAGUCAAGGUCUAGUUACUUUCAGUUGUGUCAUUUUCAUUUGACAUUGUACUUCAUUUCAAGUGACUAAUUUAUAAUUGGAAAAUGGCUAAUAGAAAAAGCACCUGUAUUGUAACCUGAGGUGGGAAACUCAGAAGUGCCGCUUCUGCCUCAGAUACUACUGUAAAUGCUGUGUUAUUAGGUAACCAUUCUGUCUGUGAUGCACAAGUCCGAAUGUGGUGUAUUUGCAAUGUAAGAGUACACAGCCCAUGAGGAUGCUUCAGUUUAACAAACUGGCAUGGUUGAUUGUAUUGAAUAGUUGUAUCUGAAGAUUUUUGUUUCUUAUUUUAAAUUGACAUUGUCAAUACAGUUAAACCAAAAAGGGGUCAGUUGUGACAGCUCCACCCUGGAUUGGUUUUGGGGUUUUUUUUUCAUAGUUUGCUUACAACUCCAUAACAAAGAAUGCCUAAUAUAUUGUGUACUGGCAGGAAAGCUGCUGUGGGCUGUGGUACCAAAGUACUGAUAAAGACACAAAUUACUGAGACUGACACAAAUACAACAAGUGGCCUAAUAGUUUGCAUCUCUUCCAAUAUUAUUUCAGACCUCCGUAAGAAUCUAUUGAGAGGAAGAUAAGUGUUCCUUUUUUAUGGACUAAUAGUUUCUUAGUUGGGAUUGUUUUGAUUCUCCUGUAAAUUCUCCUGACUUGUAUCAGUGAAAUGAUUAACUAAGAUACGGAGAAUUUAAAAGGGAGACAAGCAGUUGUUGCUUGCAAAAAAACCUCCUAAUGCAGGAGCUUUUCAAGGAACCUGAUUUGCCUCCUCUUUACAGCAGUAUUAUAUUGUAUAUCCAAUAUCGAAAAGUUUUUCCUUACUCUUACCUGGGAAAGUUAAAACAGACUUGAUUUGCAAACCUUCCCUUCUCAUUCUAUUUUUUUAAAACUGUCUUGAAAAUGCUUUUUAAAAAGGCUCAGUGAAUGUAUUACUGUUUUGUGAGUGUUUUACAUCUGAAUUUUCAUUGUUGGGCAACAAUGUCAAACAAAGUGGUACAAUUUAUGCAGAGGUGCUUUAGAAAAGAUUUUAUGUAGUUGAUUACUGUGCAACAUAAAGUGCUUUGAGAUUUAUAUGAGUAUUACUUAGUAACCUGAGAUUUAAUCAUUGGGAACACAGAGUUAAGAACAUGUUGUGGUAUUUGGGGAAUGGAGGAAUGAAGGAGUGAAGGAUUCAUAGGUGACGUGCUUUUGUCACCUCAGGUCUAUUGCAGGAAGCUUCAGUAUAGAUGAGAACGUCAGCUGUUCUUUGUCAGAUUCUCCGUGCUGUGGGUUAGAUAUCUGGAAACAUACUUCUGCUGUCUCCUGCAACAGAGGAAACAAAGUCAAGUAAAACAGUUACCUCUUCAGAGGCUAUAUUACAAUAUGUAAUGACUAAAACUCACAUUCUGCCCAAAUGUGUGUCUGUUUCAAGGGAUUUCUUGUUUGCUCCUGGGAACAACUGAACAUGGGGAAGAGGUUCAUCCCUUUUUCCAUGUUACUCAUCUAUUUGCAAUCAUGGUAUUCUCUGUCAGAUAGUCUCUCUUUUAUUUUGCUUUCUAUGAGAGUUAAGAACAUUGUAUUAUUUAAAAGAUUUGUUGCCUUGAGGAACCUUGCAUGCUGUUGCACAGUAAGCUACUAUAAUUAAAUGGCUGCAAGCCACAGGGAGACACUUCCUUUCAGCAUUUCCAUUUCUGUGUUCACUUAAUUUUAAGGCUCAUUUGUUUAGCGUAUUACUGUAGGCUUAUAUGAAGUAUAGAAUGUGAAUAUUAAGAGAGGUGGUUUUCUGAGAACCAUACUUCAAUUUUUCUAAGAUUUUAUUUCUUGAAAUCUUAUAUUUUAAGAUGCAGUACUUCCUGAGAGGUCCCAAUCACAACCUGUUGACAGAAUUUCUGAGAAAAUAUUUGGCUAUUGCAGACAAUAUUAUUUAUUUCUAAUACUCUUUUUCAGUGUUUUACUUGGCUGCAUAUUUGGAACGUAUCAUGUAUUCUUCUACAAGUUUAAAUAAAUGGAAAAAAUGUUAAGUUUAUUAAUAAAGGGGUUUUAAAAUUA